UCCAAGAAUAGGUAGCAACCGAUGUAUAACGCCAUUGUCGACAGUUUCUCUAAUUCCUUCGAAUUAAACCAAAAAAAAAUAACAGAAUCCAUCUGGAUUUCAAAGAAUUAAACCGAUCAUUUCCCAAACAAUUAAUAAUUCGUAAAUAUCUCACACCAAACCAAAGGAAUCACUCAUUCAUCACAAUGGAAGGGGAUAUGGAGAGCCAAAAUCAGCAAGCACUGGCCGCCGAGGCGCUGCUCCGAGGAUCCCAGCAGCCACUGUUACAGAACGCCGGAAAGCCAACAAAAACGCCGACCCAAAAAGCCAUUAGAAAGACCUUCAAAAAAACAGCCCAUUUAGCCAACCUCCUCCCCACCGGCACCGUCCUCGGCUUCCAAAUCCUGUCCCCCAUUUUCACGCACCAAGGUAACUGCCACACCACCGUCAGCCAAACCUCCACCCUCGCCCUCCUCCUCCUCUGCGCCCUGUCCUGUUUUUUCCUCCUCUUCACCGACAGUUUCCGGGACGAACGCGGCAAAGUCCGAUAUGGGGUGGCCACGUUUCAGGGCUUGUGGGUCAUUGAUGCUUCCACCACACUGCCCAAGGAGGAGGCUGCUAAGUAUAGACUACGGUUUAUUGAUUUUUUUCAUGCCUUUUGUUCUCUGUUGGUGUUUGUAGCUGUUGCUCUGUUUGAUGAGAAUGUUGUGAAGUGUUUCUAUCCGACUCCGUCCGACGAAACAAGGGAGCUUUUGGUUGUGUUGCCUGUCGGAAUUGGUGUGUUGUGCAGCUUCUUGUUUAUUGUUUUUCCUUCUAAACGACAUGGCGUUGGAUUCCCUCUCUCUCGUCAGUAGCGAGGAAUCAAGAGAUACUACAAACAAGUUCUUGUUGAAUUCUUCAAUUUCCCUAAGCUUUUGUAAACUACCCUCAUUGUUUCGCUUAAUUUAAUUGAAUAUUCGACGUUCCAUGUCACGUGUUGUUCAUUUACAUUAAAAAAUGGCAUAUUAGUGUCAGUAUAAAUGAAAUUUCUUCCAUGUUCGGCUAUAGGCAGUCUAUUACAACCCAAGUCCACUACUAGCAGAAAUCGUUCUCUUUUGAGAUUUCUCUUCCGAGCUUCUCGUUGAGGUUUUAAAAUGUGCACAAAUUGUUCUCUUUAGACUUUUUCUUCUGGGUUUCGUCUUAAAACGGGUUUGUUAGGGAGAAGUUUCCACUCUCUUGUAAAGAAUGUUUUGUUCCCCUCACUGAUCGAUGUGGGAUCUCAUAAUCUACCCCCUUCGGAGCCCAGCAUCCUCGCUGACACACCGCUCCAUGUCCAUCCCCUUCGGGGUUCAGCGUCCUUACACCCUUACAAAGAAUGCUUCGUUCCCCUCUUCAAUUGAUCCAUCUCACAAUCCACUCUCUUUCGGGAUCCAACGUUCUCGUUGGUAAAUCGCCUGAUGUCCACCCUCUUCAGGGUCCAAUGUUCUUGCUAGCACACCUCUUUGAUGUCCACUCCCUUCGAGGCUCAAUGUCUUCAUUGGCACACCAUCCAGUGUCCACCUCCUACAGGGCUCAGCAUCCUCACGGGUACACCGCCUAAUGUCUCGCUCUAAUACCAUUUGUAACAACCUAGGUCCACUGCUAACAAAAAUUGUCUUCUUUGGAUUUAAAAACGUGACUGCUAGGGAGAGGUUUACUGAUCUCUAUACAAAUGUUUCAUUCCACUUCCCAAUCGUCGUGGGAUCUCACACAACUCUAGAAUC